AUGCCGUCACCUUCCUCUUCUCUCUCAACCGCGUCUCUCUCUACUGCUGACCAUGAUAUCUCUGUUCAUCUUAUCUCUCUCAAAUCGAUAAACUCUCCUCCCUCUGCUUUUCUCAACCGCGCCACACAACCUUCAAUCAAUGCCACAACCUCCACGAAAACCUUUCCUCAAACCCGAUCCUCACACUUUCGCCAUGGAAAUCCUAACUUCCUCAUCUCUUCCGCCAUUUCAAAAUCGUCCUCCAUUCUUUCUGAUCUGCGACCGGAGUAUCGCCCCCUUUCUUGCGUUGUUGACGAGUUAGGUAGAGGAAGAGAUAAGUUUACUACUAGUUGUUUUGGUUUUGUGGUGUGUUUGGCGGAAACAGGAAGGGAGUACUCGGGUCUGUCUGAAGGAUCGACUUACAAGUUUCCAUGUUCAAUUGUUCAGCUGAGCAGUGAUAUGAAGAUAAUAUUCAGAAAAAUGAAUUCUCUGAAGCAAAUAACAGAUGACAAUGCAUAUCAGGUCAAGUUGAAGCUCAAAGAUAAAAUACUCAAAAUGGUGGAGUUGUAUUACCUGAAAGAAAUACCAGUUGCUUCACUUGACAGGGUUGAUUUGGACCUCAAAGAUAGGGACAAGGCAAGAUUUUAG